AUGAGGCGCUUUGGCAUAAUUACUUUGCGUCAAAUCAAUGCAGCCCGCUUUGCGACGCCCCAAUUUCUAAAAACUGUUCCCAGGCUGCGAAACAUUGGUAUCAGCGCCCAUAUUGAUAGCGGCAAAACGACGUUAACAGAACGCAUAUUGUAUUACACUGGUCGAAUUGGUAAAAUUCAUGAAGUAAAAGGGGGAACAGAAGUUGGGGCAACGAUGGAUUCUAUGGAGCUUGAAAAAGAAAGAGGAAUUACUAUUCGUUCUGCAGCAACCCAUUGUCAGUGGAAAGACCAUGUUAUUAAUGUUAUUGACACUCCUGGACAUGUGGAUUUUACCAUAGAGGUUGAGAGAGCUCUCAGAGUUCUUGAUGGAGCCAUUAUGCUUAUGUGUGGUGUUGGAGGCGUUCAAAGUCAAACACUUACCGUGGAUCGUCAAAUGAGACGUUAUGCCGUGCCGCGCAUUUGUUUUAUUAAUAAGCUUGAUCGUGACAAUGCAAAUCCUCAGCGUGCACUUCAGAUGGCGCAGGAACGGUUAGGUAUAAAUGCUGCCUUUAUUCAGCUUAAUAUGGGCAUAGCGCAAGAUUUUGAAGGUGUUGUUGAUGUUAUUGAAGACCGUGCUGUAUAUUUUGACGGUGUUAAUGGAGAAAAUGUUCGCUUUGAGGAAGUUCCUGCAUACAUCAAGGAUGACUUGGAGGCGGCUCGAAAAGAACUUAUUGGAAAGCUUGCUGAAUGUGACAGUGAAAUGGAGGAACUCUUUCUUAAUGAUCAAGAACCAACUUCGGAAAUGAUUCAUGCAGCUAUUCGACGUGCGACACUUGCUAAUAAAUUUGUCCCUGUGAUGCUGGGUUCGGCUUAUCGUAACAAAGGCGUUCAGCUUCUUCUUGAUGCAGUUUGCCGGUAUCUUCCGUCUCCUAUGGAUAGGAAGAAUGCGGGUUAUGUUCUGAAGAGGGUGAAGGAUGAGGAUGGAAAUGUUUCCAGCGUUAAGGAAGAUAAGAUUGACUUAUUGACAGACGACGAAAAACCACUUGUUGCACUUGUGUUUAAACUCGAAGAAACCAAAAAAACUGGACUUUCAAACUAUGUUCGCGUGUAUCAAGGGAAAAUGCGGAAGGAACACCUUUUAAACGUGCGAACUGGUAAGACCUUUUUGCCUCCAAAGCUCGUCCGCAUGCAUGCUGAUUCUGCUGAGCAGGUGGAUGAGGCGAAGGCCGGCGACAUUUGUGCAAUUCAAGGCGAAAUUGAUGCUUCGUCAGGGGAUACAAUUAUGAGAGCAGGUCCAAAAAGUGGAGCUUUGAUAUCUUGUGAAGAUAUGUAUAUCCCUCCAAGGGUCAUUUCUUCUUCUAUUAAGGUAAAGAACGAUCGGGAUCUGAACCGGUUGCGGGACCGUAUGGCUGCAUUUAUGCGCGAGGACCCGACCUUUUCUUUUUAUCGUAAUUCUGAAACCAACGAAGACAUUAUGGAAGGUAUGGGAGAGCUGCACCUGGAUAUUUAUGUUGAACGCCUGAAACGUGAAUACGGUCUAGAGGCUGAACUUGGGAAGCCGACAGUAAACUAUCGCGAGGUAAUCACAGAGAGAAAAGAGUUUGAUUUUGUUUUUAAGCGACAAAGUGGUGGUGCAGGACAGUGGGCGCAAUUAAAAGGAUAUAUUGAUGUUCUCCCUAUUGAUAUGUCAGUGGAGAAGGGCGUGAAGAACAAGGUUACCGUCAGUUGCUCUAACGGUGAUAUUCGUGAAUCUCUUCAGAAGUCUGUCGUCAAGCAACUGGAGCGCAAAGUCUUUGUAAAGGGAGAAUUGAUGGGAGCACCAGUGUGGGGAGUACACUUUCAUCUUGGUGGUGGUGCUAUGCAUGAAGUUGACUCAACUGAUAUGGCCUUUAAAAAUGCGACACAAGAGUUGUGGGAAACACUCUUGCCACAACUUAAGCCUACACUGGUAGAGCCAUACAUGGAUGUCGAAAUCACAGUUCCGGCGCAGUGUAUGACCGAGGUGGCGACAGAAUUUGCGAAGCGUGAAGGUGUUGUGACGGAAACCACUGUCAAUGGAGUAGAUGCAGUGAUUCGUGGAGAGACGGCGCUGGAUACCAUGUUUGGUUUCAUCUCCGAUCUUCGGCGCCUCACAAAGGGGCAAGGGGAUUUUGGAAUGCAGUUCAAAGAGUACAGGCCCAUGCAACCGUACAAGGCUCAAAUCCGCAUGGACGAACGCAAUAAGGAAAUUGGUCGCAAGUUGUACAAACUUAGCGGGGAAUGA